AAGCCCAUCUGAAGUAGGAAGAAAACAGAGAGAGAGAGCACACGGUGGAAAGAAGAUAGAAAAUGGCGUCAUCGAAAGUGCAAUCACCGGCGUAUCCGAGUGCUGCCAGACUCGCCGAUUCUGAAUGCUAUCCUGCUUACACUGCCUCCCUUAAAUGUUUAGAAGUAUUUAACAGCGACAAGAGCAAAUGCCAAGAACAUUUUGACGUUUACAAGGAGUGCAAGAAAAAGGAGUUUUUUCCUUGAUUGUGACAGAGGGAAGCACGGCUGGAACGCAACCGGAACCGUUCUCUCUUCUCAUGAGGUCUUUGGUUCAUAAUUUCCUGUAUUUCCUACAACAUGAACUCAUUGUGCAAUGCAUCCCACAGCUUUCUGUUAUUUGCUAGUCUUAGUUUUGAUACCUAAUUCUGACAGAAAUGUUGUGGAAUGUCUUUCAUAUAUAUCAAUAAAAUCUUUUUUGUAUAAUUCUAUCUAUAGAGAGUGAAAUUUCGACGUGUUAUUAUCUAUCUUAGUUCUUUUUCUGGAGUAAUGGAUUAAAUAUUUAUACUA